GGAUCCCUAUGUCUCAAGUUAUCUAUGGAUCAAAUACAAAUGUGAACGUCUAGUCACUAUAUUAUUUCUGGUUACACGAUAUAUUAAUAGCUGGACCGUGGUUAGGACGGGGGUUGGAGUACUUGGUGCAUGUGACAUGUUAAACUGUAAAAUAGACAAGUCUGAAAGUACGAUUUAUUCCAAGAUUUUAGACAAAAGAAAUAAAAUUUUGACAUAAAAAGUGAGAAUGUAAUUGGAAAAAUCUGAUAUAAUGGCUAACACAAAUAUUGAGGAGACAUUAACAACCGAUAUUGUGAAGAACGAGAAAAAUCCGUACGCAUAUCUCGAGAGAGAUGACUUCACAUCUGAGAAAUACAAGAUCGAAGUACGCGGGUUACCAAAAUAUUACGGAAUAGGCGAAUUCAAGAAGCUGCUAAAUGAGAAGCUGGAAUUGCAGUCGUGCAAAGUGAAACCACCCAGGAAGGGCAGCAGUUGGUUAUACGUAUGUUUCAGAAGCGAGGAAUGUCGUCAGCGAGCGAUAAGUACCAUAAAUGGAAUUUUAUGGAAAAACAGUAAGCUCACUGCACAGGUGGCUAAACCAGCACCAGAUCCUUUUGUAAAAAGAAAAUUAGAAGAGCAGUCCACCAGUAAACGUUUUAAGAGCGAUGCCGAGGAUUCAAAUUGCUCCGCCAUGGAUAGAAUUAAAUUUAUUACAACUCCUUUGUGGAAUGUACCUUAUGCAGAUCAACUAGAACUCAAGCAGAAGGAAAUGAGAUCAAUUCUGAUGAAAAUUGGCCAGCAAAUGCUCAAGGAAAGCAAAGCGCUGGCAGACUGGUUGAAUUCGCAGAAGAAAUUGCACAAUGGUUUGCCGUGUGAACUACAGAACAUACUUUCAGCUGACGUUACCCAGGCGUAUAGAAAUAAAUGCAAAUUUACAAUUGGUAAAGACAGCGAGCAGGAGAAAGUUAUAAUUGGCUUUAGAUUAUCAAGUUACGCCUCAGGUUCUACGGCAGUUGGACCUAUCGACGAUCUUUGCCACAUCCCUGAAAACAUGAAAGUUGCUGUAAAGGUACUAGAAACAUUUAUACGUGAAUCCAACUUGGAGCCUUUCGACCCAGUCGAUCAUAGCGGAUACUGGAGACAAGUCACCGUGCGAACCACUCGUGCUAAACACUUGAUGCUGAUAGUAGGAAUGCAUCCUCAAAAUCUGACUAGCGACGAAUUGGAGAAGAUCAAAUCAGAACUGCGGACAUACUUGGAAACGGGGAAGGGCGCCGAAGCGCAAGUCACUUCGUUGUAUUUUCAGACAAUAGAGAAAAAAAGUAUAGGUGAUGAUGAAAGCGGCAACAAGUUGUAUCAUAUCAGCGGAACGGAAUACAUAGAGGAAACGUUACUUGGAAUGAAGUUUCGGAUUUCGCCACAAGCGUUCUUUCAGGUUAACACUCUGGGAGCAGAGGUUCUCUACGAAGCAGCGAUCGAUCUUGCCGAACUCACGACAGAUACAGCGCUGCUCGACGUGUGUUGCGGUACUGGUACCAUUGGCCUUUGCUUUUCAAAGCAUUGCGGUGAGGUGUUAGGAAUCGAAGUUAUCCCCGAUGCUAUAAAGGAUGCAAAAGAGAAUGCUAUCAAGAACGGUAUCACCAACUGUGACUUCUUCGUUGGCAAGGCGGAGGACAUUCUGUGGCCCGUAAUUCGAAGAACAACAAAAUCGAAUAUUACUGCUAUCGUGGAUCCGCCACGAGCUGGUUUACAUCAAAAGGCUUUAUUGACACUGCGUAAUGCAAAAAACCUGAGCAAAUUGGUGUACAUAUCGUGUGAUCCCCGUGCCGCCAUGAGAAAUCUGAUUGAUUUCGCACGACCUAGUUCGAAGCAAUAUUUCGGUGAACCUUUGGUACCGGUAAAGGCCAUUCCAGUGGAUAUGUUUCCCCACACGAAGCAUUGUGAAUUGAUACUGUGCCUUGAAAGGCUAUCGACAGCGGUGAAAUUAAAUAAAUGUACUGUCUCACAGAACGUGCUACCAGAUAAAGAAUAAAGAACACUCAAAUGUUUUAUCAA